AUGGACGUUUCGGGGCAGGAGACCGACUGGCGGAGCACCGCCUUCCGGCAGAAGCUGGUCAGCCAAAUCGAGGAUGCCAUGAGGAAGGCUGGCGUGGCCCACAGCAAAUCCAGCAAGGACAUGGAGAGCCACGUGUUCCUGAAGGCCAAGACCCGGGACGAAUACCUUUCUCUGGUGGCCAGGCUCAUCAUUCAUUUUCGAGACAUCCAUAACAAGAAGUCUCAAGCGUCUGUCAGUGACCCCAUGAAUGCGCUGCAGAGCCUGACGGGCGGGCCCGCCGCGGGAGCCACUGGCCUCGGCCUGCCUGCUCGGGGUCCGGGCCAGGCCCUGGGUGGAAUGGGCGGCCUGGGAGCCAUGGGCCAACCGAUGCCGCUGUCGGGGCAGCCGCCUCCGGGCACCUCGGGGAUGGCCCCCCACAACAUGGCUGUCGUGUCCACGGCCACUCCACAGACCCAGCUGCAGCUCCAGCAGGUGGCGCUGCAGCAGCAGCAGCAGCAGUUCCAGGCGCAGCAGCAGGUGGCGCUGCAGCAGCAGCAGCAGCAGCAGUUCCAGGCGCAGCAGAGCGCCAUGCAGCAGCAGUUCCAGGCGGCGGUGCAGCAGCAGCAGCAGCUCCAGCAGCAGCAGCACCUGAUCAAGCUGCACCAGCAGAACCAGCAGCAGAUGCAGCAGCAGCAGCUACAGCGCAUGGCACAGCUGCAGCUGCAGCAGCAGCAGGCUCUCCAGGCCCAGCCGUCCAUCCAGCAGCCACCACUGCAGCAGCCCCCGCCACCGCCCUCGCAGGCCCUGCCUCAGCAGCUGCAGCCCCCGCAGCACCACCAGGCCCCGCCGCAGCCCCCGCCACAGUCACAGCCACAGCCUUUGGUGUCACAGGCUCCGGCCCUCCCAGGGCAGAUGCUUUACGCCCAGCCGCAGCUGAAACUCGUGAGUAGCCGGUGUCCCGCGGCCGGGGCCCUUCUCCCGCAGAUGUCAGCCAGGGAAGCGGCAGGAGCCCCUCCUUGGCCAGACGCGAGGGCGUCCCGCCCCUGGCCUGGUGGCUGCAAGUCGCUGCUCCUUCCUCCGCAGGUCCGGGCUCCGAUGGUGGUGCAGCAGCCGCAGGUGCAGCCCCAGGUCCCGCCUCAGACAGCAGUGCCCACGGCCCAGGCCUCACAGAUGGUGGCAGGCGCGCCCUCCCUGCAGGUCAGCCAGAGUGGCCUCCCGGUGCUGUCCUCACCGUCGCCGGGCCAGCAGGUGCAUACUCCACAGUCAAUGCCGCCUCCCCCGCAGCCGUCCCCGCAGCCCGGCCCGCCCAGCUCGCAGCCCAACUCCAAUGUCAGCUCUGGCCCCGCCCCGUCCCCUAGCAGCUUCCUGCCCAGCCCCUCGCCACAGCCCUCCCAGAGCCCGGUGACGGCGCGCACCCCGCAGAACUUCAGUGUCCCCUCCCCAGGACCGCUGAACACCCCUGUGAACCCCAGCUCCGUCAUGAGCCCCGCGGGCUCCAGCCAGGCUGAGGAGCAGCAGUACCUGGACAAGCUGAAACAGCUGUCCAAAUACAUCGAGCCGCUGCGCCGCAUGAUCAACAAGAUCGACAAGAACGAAGACAGGAAGAAGGACCUGAGCAAGAUGAAGAGCCUGCUGGACAUCCUGACGGACCCUUCCAAGCGGUGCCCUCUGAAGACGCUGCAGAAAUGUGAGAUCGCCCUGGAGAAGCUCAAGAAUGACAUGGCGGUGCCCACGCCCCCGCCGCCCGCAGUGCCCCCCACCAAGCAGCAGUACCUCUGCCAGCCGCUCCUGGACGCCGUCCUGGCCAACAUCCGGUCGCCCGUCUUCAACCACUCCCUCUACCGCACCUUCGUGCCGGCCAUGGCGGCCAUCCACGGCCCGCCCAUCCCGGCCCCGGUGGUGUCCACCCGGAAGCGGAAGUUUGAAGAGGAUGAGCGGCAGACUAUCCCCAACGUGCUCCAGGGGGAGGUGGCCCGGCUGGACCCCAAGUUCCUGGUGAACUUAGACCCUUCGCACUGCAGCAACAACGGCACCGUCCACCUGAUAUGCAAGCUGGAUGACAAGGACCUCCCUAGCGUGCCGCCGCUGGAGCUGAGCGUGCCCGCCGACUACCCCGCCCAGAGCCCGCUGUGGGUCAACCGGCAGUGGCAGUACGACGCCAACCCCUUCCUGCAGUCGGUGCACCAGUGCAUGACCUCACGGCUGCUGCAGCUCCCUGACAAGCACUCGGUCACGGCCCUGCUCAACACCUGGGCCCAGAGCGUCCACCAGGCCUGCCUCUCUGCCGCUUAG